AUGCCAAAAUCAAACUCGAAUAAGUAUAGAUCAGCAACAGCUGCAUCGAUGAUUGAAGAAAUUAAAGUUGUUGUUGUCGGUGAUGGUUAUACAGGCAAGACAACAUUAUGUAUUGUUUAUAAAGAUGGAGAAUAUCCACAAGAUCCCUAUGUACCAACUAUAUUUGAGAAUUAUGCAGCGACAGUGACAUUGAAUAAUCGUAAAUAUAUUCUCAAUCUAUUUGACAGUGCUGGACAAGAAGAAUAUGAUCAACUUCGUAUAAUGGCAUAUCCGAAUACUGAUGUUUUUAUUCUUUGUUUUUCAGUUGUCGAUCCAGAUAGCUAUUCUAAUAUAUUAAGUAAAUGGAUUCCUGAACUUAAUCGUUAUGCACCUCGUGUACCAAUUAUUCUUGUUGGAACAAAACUUGAUUUACGUAAUGAUCCAUCAACAGUUGAUCAAUUAGCAGAAAAAAAUCAACGACCAAUAAGUCAAUCACAAGGAGAAUAUUUAGCACAUAUUUGUUCAGCUAAAGUUUAUUUAGAAUGUUCAUCAAUGCUUAAUUUUAAUGUAAGAAAUGUAUUUGAACAAGCAAUUGAAAUUCAUAAUUUUUAUGAAGAACGAUAUCGUCAUAGUUUAAGUAAUGGACGACGUAUUUUAUCUGAUAAAUUUCAUUCAUGUUCAUGGCUUAGUACAUUAGUUUGUUGUACAACAGAUUCAAAAAAAUCACAUCGAAAAAAUAAUCAUGAUUGUUAUACAGUGUAA